GAAUCCAAUGCCACCUCCCUCCCCCAAAGCGUCCGUCCGCUUCCUCCCUCCCCUCCCCUGCGCCGCCUCCCUCCGCCCUCGCCAUCCGAUUCAAAUCCGUCCUCGCGGGGGAGAUCUGAUCCGGUCCACGGCGCCGCCAUGAUGCACCACCACCACCAGCUGGACCAGUGGCUCGCCGGCGGCGUUGGCGGCGUGGGCGCGGUGCUCCGGCCGACCAAGUCCGCGCCCUGCUCCCCCGUCAAGCCGGCGGCGGUCUCCAUGCUGCGGACGCACUCCGACUCCUUCCAUGUGGCUCACAAGGUCCCCGUCGGCGACACGCCCUACGUCCGCGCCAAGCGCGUCCAGCUGGUGGACAAGGACCCGGAGAAGGCCAUCGCGCUGUUCUGGGGCGCGAUCAACGCCGGCGACCGCGUGGACAGCGCGCUCAAGGACAUGGCCAUCGUGAUGAAGCAGCAGAACCGCGCCGAGGAGGCCAUCGAGGCCAUCAAGUCGCUCCGCGUCCGCUGCUCCGACCAGGCGCAGGAGUCGCUCGACAACAUCCUCCUCGACCUCUACAAGAGGUGCGGGCGGCUGGACGACCAGAUCUCGCUGCUCAAGCACAAGCUGCAGCUCAUCCACCAGGGCCACGCCUUCAACGGCAAGCGCACCAAGACGGCCCGCUCCCAGGGCCGCAAGUUCCAGGUCACCCUCGAGCAGGAGGCCACCAGGCUCCUCGGCAACCUGGGGUGGGCGCUGAUGCAGAAGGAGAACUACACGGAGGCGGAGGGGGCGUACCGGCGGGCGCUGGUCAUCGGCCCGGACAACAACAAGAUGUGCAACCUGGGGAUCUGCCUCAUGAAGCAGGGCCGGGUGCUGGAGGCCAAGGACGUGCUCAAGCAGGUGCGCCCCGCCGGCGUCGACGGCCUCCGCGGCGCCGACUCCCACCUCAAGGCCUACGAGCGCGCGCAGGAGAUGCUCCGCGACCUCGAGGUCAAGCUCGUCGGCCGCCCCGGCUGGGCCGGCGCCAUUGGCGACAACCUCGUCGACAAGAAGUGGCUCUUCGACGCGCUCAUGCUCGGCUCCUCCUCCAGCAUCUGGCAGCCGCAGCCCUGCAUCGACCACCUGCUGCCCCCGCCGGCACCACAGCAGCCCCGCGACAGCUUCGCCGACGAGAACAACGCCGGCCCCGCCGCCGCCGCCGCAGCCGCGGGCAAGAAGAUGGCCGCUCUGCAGCAGCAGCAACAGCAGCAGCAGCAGGCCAACCUCAACAUCGACGCGCAGCCAUUCUACUCGCACCGCAUGCCGCCGCUGGCCGCCAAGCCACUGCAGAACGCACCGCGCCAGCAGCAGCUGCCGCAGCAGAAGCCUCCGGCGCAGAUGCAUCACGAUCCCAUGGGCAACCUGAAGAGGACGCGGUCCGGCACCGCCAUGGACAAGGCCGCGGCCGCGGCGGCAGCCGGGGAGAAGACCAAGGAGGAGCAGAGCAGCAACAAGGAGGCCGACAAGAACCAGGACGACACCAGCAACAACGGCCGGAGGAAGUCGCUCACCGCCGAGGAGAGGUGGCCGGAGCUGCCGGACCACAGCGCGUUCGACGAGGCCCUGGUGGCGUCGGUCCUGGCCCCGGUCCUCGCCGACGACGAGAACUGCAAUACCGGCAAGCCGUCAGCAAAGGCGCCUCUAGCUCCGGCGAGCUGCUGCGACACGAGCCCGGCGGCGGUGAAGGAGAAGGUGGGGAAGAGGCUGAGGAUCUUCCAGGACAUCACGCAGACGCUCAACGUGCUCUGACCGACGGCGAGGCUUGGUUUUGGUUUUCUUUUCUGCUGCUGGCUGGCUGCUCACACAACCGAAGAGGAGGAGGUGGCGACGCUGCGAAGGAGAUGAGCUUGUUCUCCUGGGAGUUUCUGCAUCGCGGUUUUUAAGUUAAAAAUUAAAAAUAGGGAGGGAUCGAUCGACAUUACCGCUCGACUUGGUUCUUUUUUCUUUUUUCAGUUUGCUGCUGAUUCGUUGAUUUUAAUUUUUUUUUGUAACACAGUCAAAAUAACAUUGGCAAGGAGUGUGUUUCCUCCUGAUCAUCUUCUGUUGCUUGUAACAGAAGUUGAUUUCGAUAAUCACUUCAAAGCUCAAAUAACAAAGUUACCUGAUUGCA